GUAGUUUUAACCCCAAAGAAAGUAAUAAAAACGAAAACGCCUCCCCAUCGCAGGCCUUCGCCAAUUCCUCGUCUAUCCUUCGAUUCCCCGUCUGCUGCAGCUCCCGAAGCAUUGAUUUACCGCUCUCCAUUCUCACAAUGACAGAAGUAGAACAACCUUUUAGACCCCGCGAGAAACUUAUUGAGAAGCAAAAAUAUUUCCAGAGCAUCCACAAGCACACUUAUCUUAAAGGGCCAAUGGAUAAAAUCACCUCCGUUGCCAUUCCAAUUGCUCUUGCAGCCUCAUCACUGUAUCUUAUCGGACGAGGAAUUUACAACAUGUCGCACGGAAUUGGAAAGAAAGAAUGAGGUCACUGUCUUUGCAUCUAAAUUUCAAACACCGUCAUGCUUCUUGAUCCAUGUGAAUUUUGUUCUUGAAGCAAUUUUUGUUUAAUAAAUGCUUAGUUCCAGAUUCGGCUACUAGUAGAAUAUUGGAUAUGAUGCUCAGCUUUCUACUGCGUCUCUCCAUAUUGAACUGUUUGUCUCAGUUUUCCUUUCAUGAAAUUGUGACUCAGAUGAUAUGUAUUGAGAUCUAGAAAUGAAAUGGUGUGCCUAUUAGAAUGGCUGGGAUUUGCUGAUCAA